AUGGACAGGUUCCGCUUGUUUUUCCAACACUUCCAGAACAGCUCCGAGUCUGUGAUGAACGGCAUCUGCCUGCUGCUGGCUGCGGUCACCAUCAAGCUGUACUCCUCCUUCGACUUCAACUGCCCCUGCUUGGCGCGCUACAACACCCUCUAUGGCCUGGGCCUGCUGCUCACGCCCCCACUGGCCCUCUUCCUCUGUGGUCUCCUGGUCAACCGGCAGUCUGUGGUGAUGGUGGAGGAGUGGUGCCGGCCCGAGGGGCACCGGAGGAAGGACUCGGGCAUCAUCUGGUACAUGUGCUCCUCUGUGCUGCAGAGAGCACUGGCUGCCCCCAUGGUCUGGAUCCUGCUGGCCCUCCUUGAUGGAAAGUGCUUUGUGUGUGCCUUCAGCAAUUCUGUAGACCCUGAGAAGUUUCUGGACUUUGCCAACAUGACCCCCAGCCAAGUGCAGCUCUUCCUGGCCAAGGUGCCCUGCAAGGAAGAUGAGCUGGUCAGGGACAACCCUGCUCGAAAGGCCGUGUCUCGAUACCUGCGGUGCCUGUCACAGGCCAUCGGCUGGAGUAUCACCCUGCUGCUGAUUGUGGCGGCUUUCCUGGUCCGUUGCCUGAGGCCCUGCUUCGACCAGACAGUCUGGCUGCAGCGCAGAUACUGGAGCAACUACGUGGACCUGGAACAGAAGCUCUUUGACGAGACGUGCUGUGAGCAUGCCCGGGACUUCGCGCACCGCUGCGUGCUGCACUUCUUUGCCAGCAUGAAGAGCGAGCUGCAGGCAAGGGGGCUGCGCCGGGAUCUGGGGGAGGAGCCCCCUGAACCCCUAGACGACCUGGAUGGCGGAAGUGGGAAGGCCCACCUGCGCGCAGUCUGCAGCCAAGAGCAGGUAGACCACCUCCUAAGUACCUGGUACUCCAGCAAACCUCCACUUGACCUUGCAGCAUCCCCGGGGUUCUGGGGGACUGGCCUCAGCCACCGUGCACCCAUGGUGGCUCCAGGCACAAGGCUGUCCCAGCACACUGAUGUGUAGGGACCCUGCCAGGCUUGAAUGGCAACAGUGCACCCAUGUGAAAUGCCCAUGUUGACAUCCAUGUUCCAAGGCCUUAGGACCCCAGGGCAGACAGUCUACCCUCAUUGGCCUCCUUCUCAAAUGGCCCAGUCUCGGCCUAGCUUAUGAAUGUGGAUUCUAGUCAAGUGCGAGUUCUGAUUCAGUGCAUCCAAGACUGAACCACAGAAUCUCAAACAAGCUCUUGAGUAAUACUGAUGUUUCUGAUCAGUGGACCAAACCUGUGUAUCAUAGAUACUGUGUGUGUGUACAAUAUGUAAUAACAAAUCCCACAAUUAUAUACAAUUACAAUGCACUGAUUUCAAAA